GCCGCCGGGUCCGGAGCCGGAGAGCGUUUGAGGGGCUAGGCAGGAAGGGAGUUUCUUUUCCUUCCCAAUUGCCCGGUCUCGGGCGGCGCCGGCUCUGCCUAACCUCGCGUCACUGCCGUGCGCCCCCGGCCCGGCUCCGGGUGUCAGCUUUUCCUGGGCCCCUCGGGGAGUUGGGGCCUGGAGGUUCGGAGGUAGCGGCUCCUGCCCAGCGUCGGAGUGAGGGGCGCACCCCUCUUGGGCCCUGCCAACUCCGCCACCGGCCCGCACCUCCAUGGGCCCAAGCCAGAAGCCCAACGUGUGCCGCAGGCUGAGUCGCCGGGCGCUGGGCUUCUUCUCUCGGGACGCGGGCGUGGUGCAGAGGACGAACCUGGGUAUCCUGCGGGCGCUGGUGUGCCAGGAAAGUACUAAGUUUAAGAAUGUUUGGACAACUCAUUCCAAGUCACCUAUAGCCUAUGAGAGAGGAAGAAUAUAUUUUGACAACUAUCGGUGCUGUGUCAGCAGCGUUGCAUCAGAGCCAAGAAAACUUUAUGAAAUGCCAAAAUGUUCCAAAUCAGAAAAAAUAGAGGAUGCUUUAUUAUGGGAAUGCCCAGUGGGAGAAAUGCUUCCCAAUACAUCAGAUUAUAAAUCCUCACUCAUAGCACUGACUGCUCAUAAUUGGCUACUUCGUAUAUCAGCAACUACAGGAAAAGUCCUUGAGAAAAUAUAUCUUGCUUCAUAUUGCAAAUUCAGAUACUUGAGCUGGGACACUCCUCAAGAAGUCAUUGCAGUCAAGUCAGCUCAGAGCAAAGGCUCAGCAUUGGCCCAGCAGGCAGGCAUUCAACAACCUGUUUUGCUGUACCUUGCAGUGUUCCAUGUGCUACCUUUUUCACUCAUAGGGAUUCUGGAGAUCAACAAAAAGAUUUUCGGGAGCGUAACAGAUGCCACCUUGUCUCAUGGAAUACUGAUUGUGAUGUACAGCUCGGGACUGGUCAGACUUUAUAGCUUCCAAGCCAUCACUGAACAGUUCAUGCAACAGAAACUUGACUUAGGGUGUGCAUGCAGAUGGGGUGGGACUACUGGAACUGUAGGAGAGGCUCCUUUUGGCAUUCCUUGUAAUAUUAAAAUCACAGAUACACCACCACUGCUCUUUGAGGUGUCCUCCCUGGAGAAUGCUUUUCAGAUUGGAGGCCAUCCUUGGCACUACAUUAUCACACCUAAUAAGAAGAAACAAAAAGGAGUUUUCCAUAUUUGUGCCCUAAAGGACAAUUCCUUGGCAAAAAACGGGGUCCAAGAAAUGGAGUGUUGUUCUCUAGAAUCUGACUGGAUCUAUUUCCAUCCUGAUGCUUCUGGUAGAAUAAUACAUGUUGGCCCAAAUCAGGUCAAAGUUUUAAAGCUAAGUGAAGUAGAAAAUAAUAGUGCCCAGCAUCAGAUCUCUGAAGAUUUUGUCAUUUUGGCCAACAGGGAGAAGAACAAAAAUGAAAACUUACCCACUGUUACAGCUUCUGGACGGGUGGUAAAAAAAAGCUUUAACCUUCUGGAUGAUGACCCAGAACAAGAGACUUUCAAAAUUGUGGACUAUGAAGAUGAGUUAGAUUUGCUUUCUGUGGUAGCUGUUACUCAAAUAGAUGCUGAAGGAAAAGCUCACCUGGAUUUCCACUGUAAUGAAUAUGGAACUUUACUUAAAAGCAUUCCACUCGUGGAGUCAUGGGAUGUGACAUAUAGCCACGAAGUUUACUUUGACAGAGACUUGGUACUACACAUAGAACAAAAACCCAGCAGGGUCUUCAGCUGCUAUGUUUACCAGAUGGUAUGUGACCCUGGGGAAGAAGAAGAAACCACAAACAGAAGUUGUAAAAAAGAUUGCAAUAAUUUUAAAUUUUGAGAUGUAACUUCUGAGACUUCUAGCCAAACACCCCAGCAGCCAUGUCCAGUCCUCCUUUUUAUUAUCUGCAUAGCAUAUUCUCCAGUAUUUUCCAGAAAAGGUCUUGUGUUGACUUCAGAUGACUGUGACUUCUUUUUUAAACUCUUGCCAUACAAGGUGGUGAGUACUUCAUUUUAUGUAGAGAUUUUUUACAAUGACAUCCCAAGAAGUCUAACAUUUUGCAGUUUUUAGGCGGGUGGUGAUGCAAAUAUAAAACAUUGAAGAGCAGAGAAAGAGGUUAAUUCUAAUUAUUGGGAGAGGGUCAUUGAUGAGUAGGUGUUUAACGUGGUUGUUAAAGGAUGGCCUGGGGUUUUGAUUAGUAAAACUAAGGGUGAGAGAUAAAAAGAAAGAUACAAAAGAUACAGAAAGAAAUCAAGAAAUCCUGUAUCCUCUCACCCAAACUUUGUUUAAGGAUGGAAAAUGAGAUCUAUAAUAUGAAAUAAUACUUUGAGCCAAAAAUGUGUCAUCACAGUUUUAAAAAAAUGUAUAUGUAUAUAUGUUUUGUGUUUGUAUAUAGUAUCAGGAAUUGGCUGUAGUUCCCCAAUAAUCUUUUCUUCCAUGGUUUUAUUCUCUUGGUUUGAUGUUCCCAUUGGUUUUUU